AUGGGUCUUUUCUCUUGGUUCACUGGCAACUCCAAACCUCAAACCCUAACCGUACCCAAGCCCAACGACACCCCAAAACCCGUUCCAGGAAUGAGCGGAGCCGUUGAAGUGCCCCGACCGGAGAGUGUUACGGUGUUUGAAUUCGGGUCCGUAGCUGCUACUGCAGAUAAGGUUACUUUAGCCGGAUAUUGCCCUGUGUCUGACGACCUCGAGCCAUGCCGCUGGGAAAUUCUGCCUGCCAAUGGAUCCGAUGCUCCUCAGUUUCGCGUCGUCUUUUGACAACGAAAAAAAGUGGAUUGUAAGUGGGUAAAAACAAAAUUGGUUUCAAGGAAGUUGAGCGAGACUCUUUGCUGAGAUUAUUGUAAUUUUAGUUAAUGUGAAACGCGUUAUUCUUAUGAA